AUGAGCACCGACGAUAUCCCAUCCGUUGUCACACGGCCCCUUCCCAACGCAGUCACGUACGACCUCACCGUGCGCGACCGUGUGACAAUAACACUGCCUCCCCAUUCGGCCUGGUCCAGCGGCCUGCACUGGCACGAGGACCACGACGAGUACCUUGCAGUCGUACAGGGCCGCAUCCACGUCAAGCUGGGCGACGAGGAGUGCAUUGUCAACGCGGGCCAGCCCGAGGUCCAUAUUCCGCGGCAUGCGUGGCAUAGCUGGCGGCGCGCGGAGGCGGAUGGCAACGACGUCGUGGUCGUGGAGAGAACGGAACCUGCCGACUUGCAAAAGGCAGUAUUUUUUUGGAAUUUGAACGGUGUGGUGCUGGAUGCGCCUGCUUUGGACGCCAAGAUGACGAGGCUGCCGUCGUGGUUGAGGGGCUUACUGGUGGACUGGUGGGUUACGAUGAGCCUUUUUGUCAUUUUCCAUCACCUUGACAACUGGCCUGUACUGGUAAAUGUCCCCGAGAUAUUGCGGCCGCUUGUACCUGGCCUCGGACAGAGCAUGGUGUCGCAGGUUUCACAGAAGGUGGACUGGCUCUGCACGCACACUACCUUGGGGCUGGCGACCUUGGUCGGUCGAUUGUUUGGUGUUGCGCCUGUUCAGCGGCGAUAUACGCCAGCGUCCAUUUUUGCGCAGUGGGGUGACGGCCAAGACAAGAACAAGAAGAUUUCCUGA